CAUCUUAUCAGUUUCUUAAGAAUAGAUUAACAUUUUUAAAUAGUCUAAGUGUCCAAAUAACAUUCACAAUGUAACAUAAUUUGUAAAUCUCAUUGUCAUGGAUUUAUAGGCCAAAUGGAAGGAAUGUCAUGUUUAAUAGCUGUAAAUUAAUGGCCAUUUAAUAGGUAUGUUACAAAACCUACCUGAAUCGUGUCUGAGCAUCUGCCCUACCCCGUGUGUGUGAUUUUGGCGCUGUUUAGAGGGGGCGGGUUUAAAACGCGAUUUUUACUAGGCUGUUCCAAUCGAAAAUGUUCAGCCUAGUAAAACAUUAACGGAAAAUCGCUGAAAGACCCCGUCGCAAAAGGUAUUAUUAGUUUUUAUGGCCUUGUAUAAUAUUUAUAGUAGUUUAAAAAUCACUCUCUCACUCCACAACCUCUCGCAGCCCCAGGGUUUUAUAAAGCAAACAAUUAAAGGCUUUUUUAAAAAUCAUGCCAAGACGGUCAAGACAUAAAAGACAUUCAAGACGGUCAGUGGCUGACAAAAAGAAACAUCGAGAAGCAGUAAGGCGCAUAACGGAACAAAAGAGGCAGCAAGAUAGAACACAACAUCUCCGAGAUAGUCCAGAGAGAGUGCGGGAGAGAAGCGCACAAGAGAUGCAGCAAGAAAGAAUUAAAAGUAUCAUAGUUAAGCGAAAGAGAGGGCGGGAGAAAAGCGCACAAGAGAUGCAGCAAGAAAGAACUCGACGUCUCAUAUUUAAGCGAGAGAGACUGCAGGUGAGAAGGGCGCAAGAGACGAAGCAAGAAAGAACUCGACGUCUCAGAUUUAAGCGAGAGAGAGAGCGGGAGAGAAGGGCACAAGAAACGGCAGAUGAAAGGACUAGAAGGCUGGAUAGACGGCGGGUCAGACAAAAAAACAAACGAAAUGCACUACUCACAAAGAGAAAUCUUUCUGCUGAUGGUGAAAUGACCAAUGUUUGCCCUCAUUGUGGAGAGUACCGCUUCUCAAGAGGAACAACCAACUUUUGCUGCAUGAAGGCCUCCACCUCGCCUCUCAAUUUAAGACUGGACACCAUGGGGGAAAAGCAGAACAAGAAGGAAGUGGAGGAAGUUCCAGAGGAGGAGAAGUACAUGGUGGAGAAAGUGCUGGACAGGCGCAUAGUGAACGGCAAGGUGGAGUACCUGCUCAAAUGGAAAGGAUUCUUGCUUGAUGACAACACGUGGGAGCCGGAGGAAAACCUGGACUGCCCCGACCUCAUCGCAGAAUUCCUGCAGUCCCAGAAAAUAGCACACGAUGGCGUGGAUAAAACAGAGGGACCAAAGCGGAAAGCAGAGUCUGAUACGGAAAAGGAGGAAAAUAAAAACAAGAAGAAGAGGGAGGAGGUCAGUGAAGGUGCUGCCACAGCGGGUGACCAACACAACCUGUGGUCAGUCCCAGAGGAAGCUUUCUUGCAAGAGGAGCAGCAGGAGAAGCUGAGAGGGUUUGCCCGAGGGUUGGAACCGGAGUGUAUCAUCGGGGCGACAGAUUCAAGGGGGAAGCUAAUGUUCCUCAUGAAGUGGAAAAACUCGGACGAGGCAGACUUGGUGCCGGCAAAGGAGGCCAACGUCAAGUGCCCGCAGGUGGUCAAGUCGUUUUACAAGGAGCGUCUAACGUGGCAUUCCAAUCCAACCAAGGCUUUUUUAAAAAUCAUGCCAAGACGGUCAAGACAUAAAAGACAUUCAAGACGGUCAGUGGCUGACAAAAAGAAACAUCGAGAAGCAGUAAGGCGCAUAACGGAACAAAAGAGGCAGCAAGAUAGAACACAACAUCUCCGAGAUAGUCCAGAGAGAGUGCGGGAGAGAAGCGCACAAGAGAUGCAGCAAGAAAGAAUUAAAAGUAUCAUAGUUAAGCGAAAGAGAGGGCGGGAGAAAAGCGCACAAGAGAUGCAGCAAGAAAGAACUCGACGUCUCAAAUUUAAGCGAGAGAGAGAGCGGGAGAGAAGGGCACAAGAAACGGCAGAUGAAAGGACUAGAAGGCUGGAUAGACGGCGGGUCAGACAAAAAAACAAACGAAAUGCACUACUCACAAAGAGAAAUCUUUCUGCUGAUGGUGAAAUGACCAAUGUUUGCCCUCAUUGUGGAGAGUACCGCUUCUCAAGAGGAACAACCAACUUUUGCUGCAUGAAGGCCUCCACCUCGCCUCUCAAUUUAAGACUGGACACCAUGGGGGAAAAGCAGAAGAAGAAGGAAGUGGAGGAAGUUCCAGAGGAGGAGAAGUACAUGGUGGAGAAAGUGCUGGACAGGCGCAUAGUGAACGGCAAGGUGGAGUACCUGCUCAAAUGGAAAGGAUUCUUGCUUGAUGACAACACGUGGGAGCCGGAGGAAAACCUGGACUGCCCCGACCUCAUCGCAGAAUUCCUGCAGUCCCAGAAAAUAGCACACGAUGGCGUGGAUAAAACAGAGGGACCAAAGCGGAAAGCAGAGUCUGAUACGGAAAAGGAGGAAAAUAAAAACAAGAAGAAGAGGGAGGAGGUCAGUGAAGGUGCUGCCACAGCGGGUGACCAACACAACCUGUGGUCAGUCCCAGAGGAAGCUUUCUUGCAAGAGGAGCAGCACGAGAAGCUGAGAGGGUUUGCCCGAGGGCUGGAACCGGAGUGUAUCAUCGGGGCGACAGAUUCAAGGGGGAAGCUAAUGUUCCUCAUGAAGUGGAAAAACUCGGACGAGGCAGACUUGGUGCCGGCAAAGGAGGCCAACGUCAAGUGCCCGCAGGUGGUCAAGUUGUUUUACAAGGAGCGUCUAACGUGGCACUCCAAUCCAACCAAGGUAGAGAAGAAGUAACGGAGCAGAGGGGCUCACACAUCUCCCUUUUACUACUUUACACAACGAGAAAAUAAUCCUGAUAUUUGCAGACAUGGUUCUCAGUUGUACAGAUGUAAAAUUCUCCGGGUGAUACUUCUCUCAACUCCUCUCGGACCUGGUUUAUUGCCUCUGACUGCCAGGGGCCGGGCAGGUUGUGUUUCAAAUCCAGCAUGACAGUUUUAAUUUCACUGUUUUAUUUUUCUUCAGGUUUUUGGGGGUAACAACUAGUUGUAGAAGCCAAUGAGUUGUAGAUUAGUUGCCUUGGCUUAUAGCAUCGGGUUUGAGCCCGUGAAGGCAAAAGGAGUCUGCAGGUGCUGAUUUAAUUCACAGCCUCUUUUAGUGCAGUGUUUUCAUUGUGUGGCUGGGCCUGGGAGGGAGGGUGUUACAGUGUGUGUGUGUAUCCAGCCACUGCUCUGCCACCUCCUCACUGCAACACCCUGGUACUCUCCACUGUGAGUUGUUGAAUGCCUGAUCACAGGACCAAUUGCUGUUCCAACCAACCUAUGGGUGGCUUGGUGGCCAACACUCCAUCCUGCAGUGGUGUUUCCGUUGUGGUGAAAGUUUGCUUCUGUUCAGCCUGCGCUGUUUACUUGGUAAUGAGGAGGCAGAAGCACAGACAGUGGGUUAGAGCUUCAUUCUGUAGUUACAAUCCCAGGCUGCUACCGGCCUUCAUCUGUUACUGGAGCCAGUCGGCACCACAGCCACACUGCUCUCUGCGACUUGCUUCACUCGUUCUCUGCAGUCAAUGGGCUUCUGCUUGUCAGUGCCUGGGCCUGUGCCUCGCUCUGCCGCUAUGUGAACAGGCAAGGUGAGUGUCAGUGUUUUAAGGUAUUUGUCUCAAUUGGAGUUUUACCUCAGGGCCCCCAGUCCCACGUGUUGAUCUCUGCCUCUCUAGUAUUCUCUACUCCUUAUGGUUAGGUUAGGGGCGGGUUGUGAAUGUAGGUGAUGCCGCGGUACUGCGUCUCCACCAGUGAGCUGGGAAAUGCCGAGGCUGGGCACCAAACGUUGGACAGAGCGGGCAGAGGGAAGCGACACCAGAACAGGUACAGAGCUGGAUAUACACACACGCACACAGACACACGCACAAUGCUGGCUGCUGCCCUCAACGACAGCAGCUUCUCAUUCCAUCCCGCGAAACCAUUGCAUCGUCAACGAGUGAGAAAACCACCUCCUCGUCCUCUUUAGUUCAAUGUUCAGCCUGCCCGGGAAGAGUAUAGGCGAUAAACACAGCGUGGGUUUAUUGGUGUGUGUGUCUCCCUCCCUGGGGCAGCUGAGACCAGUGUCAGUAGACAAUGAUGAGAGGGCAUUCUGUCCCGUGGAAGCUGGAGAAACCUGCCUUGCCCACUACUCAGCCAAGCCAGUAACAGUCACAGGUCAAGCUAAAGGGAGUGCCCCUCUGCUUUCUGCAGGGUUGCCAUAGUCUGCUCUGAACGGAAGCCACGCAAGGGGGAGUAGUUGUUUGUGUUUGACUUUUUCACUGGAGGAGUGGGGGCAGCAUCUGAUAUAAUCCACGUACUGUAUGCGGGGGCCAUGGAGGAGAUUCCUCCAGCUGGCUGUCUCAGCCAUCCAUUGUUCUCACACACCUGGUAUUGAUUUUGACAGUUUAUGUGUUAUUGGAGUUCUUUCAUAGGUUUCAUACAUUGCAGCUCUUCUGUCAGACUUGCAUUUAAUCAUCGUGUAGUAUUUUAGAGGGGAGAUCUGGUUUUAAAGGAUCUGUUUUUGUAGAAUCCUUAAGAGUAUUGUGAUACUGCACCUACACCCUGUGUGUCACUAAACAUGCAAGCAAAUAUUGUGUAAUAAAACCCAAAAAACAG